AUGGAGCGUCGCAUGACAAGGUCUGCUGCUGCCAAAGAAGCUGCAAUACUGGCAUCCGCGACAACGACGUCAGAGAAGGAAUUCGCCACUAAGCCGCCCAAUUUGCAAAAUGAACGACCCAACCAACAGUCGUCAUCCUUGGGAAACAAACCAAAGACUGGGCCUGCUUCCAAGCGGCGCAAGACAAAACUUUCGGCUUCGGAGAUUAACGAUGCGAAUGAACUACCUCAUAAUCUAGGCUCGUCCGUUAAACCAACGGAUAAGACCAACGCCGUAUCCUCGGGGGUCAAGAAGGAGAUGAUAGGCACUCUUGCGGAUGAACUGGAAAGUACCACUGAGAAAGCCAGGACAGCACCCAGGUCGGCGCCAACAGAUAAAAGCAAGAAGGCCAAUCCAUAUCGUAUAACACCAGGAAUUACUCCAUUCCCAGAUUGGCCCCAUCCAACCCCCGAUGCCUGCGAAGAGGUUAAUGGACUACUCUCCAGUGUACAUGGAGAGAUUGUUCCUCCCACUACCAUUCCAGAGCCGUCUCUCACUGUAACGGGAUGUGGAGAGGUUCCCUCGGUUCUUGAUGCGCUUAUUCGAACUUUGCUUAGCGGUGCCACUUCGGGAAACAAUUCUGCGUUGGCUUUCAAUGGGCUGGUGCAGAAGUUCGGUAUCCUCCACGAAGGGAUAGGUAAAGGGAGUGUUAACUGGGAUGCCGUUCGUCAAGCGCCACUUAAAGAUGUAUUUGAAGCUAUCAAGCGCGGUGGUUUGGCUGAUAUCAAGAGCAAGAACCUUAAGGCCAUUUUAGAUAUGGUACACAAGGAAAACCAGGAACGUCGGGAAAUUUUAGUGAAAGACGAGGAUGCUGGACCAUCGGAUCUCAUGCAGAAAUCUGAAGGCAGCAAACAGUACGAGAUUGCAUGUGCAGAUCAACACUUCCUGUCUCUUAACCACCUCCACACCCUAGGCACAGAACAGGCUAUGGAGGAACUAGUCAAGUACCCCGGGAUUGGACCCAAAACAGCUGCCUGUGUCCUACUCUUCUGCCUACAGCGUCCGUGCUUUGCCGUUGACACCCACAUCUUCCGCAUCUGCAAAUGGCUCGGCUGGGUGCCGCCGGACAAGGCGACAGAGAUCACGGCGUUUGGCCAUCUCGAGGUGCGGAUCCCGAAUCACCUCAAAUACUCUCUUCAUCAGCUCUUCAUCCGUCAUGGAAAAACUUGUCCAAGAUGCCGAGCAAUAACUGGGCAAUCGUCCGCUGGGUGGGACGAAGGCUGCGUUAUUGAUCACCUUGUGAAAAGGACUGGGAAGAGAAAGGGGGAACUCGCGACCUCACCGCCCGUCAAGCGUAAGAGCACUGGACGGCAGACGCGCAAUGCGAAGGUGUGA